AGCUCGCCCAUUGGCCGAGCCGCGGCGGGCGCCGCCGCUCAUUGGCUGAGCCGCGGGGAGGGGCGGGGCCGGCCGGCGGCCAUGGAGCCCCGCGGUAGCGCCGCGCCCUGGGCCCCGGGGCCGCCGGCGGGGCAGGGCAUGGACUCCCCGUACAGCACCGGAGCCUACAGCGCCCCGUACCCCCCCGCCGCCCCGCACUACCCCGGCCCGCCCCAGCCUCGGGGGUUCGGCUCCUCGGGACCCCCCCGGAGCCCCUACCCCGCCGAGCCCCCGGCCAGGUACCGGCCCCCCCCGGCCCCCGCCGCUCCCUGGGGUUACGGCACCGCGGACAGCCUGGAAGCGGCCCCGCUCCGGCGGCAGCACGGCCCCGGGUACUCGCCCCCGCAGACCCCCGGGAUGCCGGUCCCGCAGUACCCAUAUGGAGACGGCCACCUCGGGACCACCCCGCAGGGCCCGCAGCCCCGGCCCCAGGAGGACGCCUGGGCUCCCCCCACCGCCUACGGGGCGCAGCCACGGAACGCCUGGACCACGGCGCACGGGAACCCCUUUGGCACCGACCCGCACCCUGCGUGGGGUGGCGGCAGUGGGGCUGCGUCCUACCCGCCCCCCCGGGACUCCAAGGAAACCGCUUACGACAAACCUGAUCCGAGCCCAAACCAACACAACUACUACUGCGAUGUCAGCCACCAGCAGGCUGGGGCAACGAGCGACCACAAGGCACCCCCCGCGCCGCCAGCCCCCCGGGUGCAGUACAGCGCUCAGCCCCAGAUGUACGGCGCUGCCCCUCGGAAGCCUCCGGCUGGGAAGCAGGAGGGAGGCCUCAGGGGGGGCGAGCAGAUCCAGCCGGAGAUCCAGAGGAUCCUGCACAUCACCAGGGCGGCUGCGCAGCUGGAGCAAGAGGUGGAUGAGUUUGUAGGGAAAAAGACAGAUAAAUCCUACCGGCUCCUGGAGGAGAUGUUGACCAAGCUGCUGUUGGAACUGGAUUCCAUUGAGACUGGUGGCCAGGACGGCGUCCGGCAGGCCAGGAAAGAAGCUGUCCACAGAAUUCAGGCCAUUCUGGAAAUACUGGAAAGAAAGGGAUUGUGAGAGCCUGUCAGCCACAACACAGCCACAACACAGCCUGCUGCUGAGGUUCCAAAGAGUUUUAGUUCUGCUCAAUGUCAGCUCUUUCUGCUAAGCACUAUUGACAAUGGAAAGCAAUAAGCCCUGAUUUAAAAAAACAAAACAAAACCACGGAAAAGCCCAGCCCCACGAGAUAAGUUGGCAACGGACAAAUUAAGAGGAGAUGGAAGCAGCAAAACGAAUCGUGUGUUCCAGGCUUUGGAAAAGCAGCACCACCUGAGGUACCAACCCCUGCACAGGUCCCUGGGGGGGCUGCAUCCUCUGAACAAGAAGAAAAUCACUGCAAAAUUCCCCACCUCGUGGAGCCACAGCCCUGGGAACAGCUGGAAUACCCCCAGAUCUCAUCACAAAGGCACCGUGCAGCCGUGAGCCGAGCCCCUGAGCCUGCCGACCACUGCGUGUGCUUUCAGCUUCAGAUCCCUUGCCAUAAAAGCUGGUGCGUGUCCUCGGGGUGCUGCUUGUUUUCAGUGCUGCAGGACGUGACCCUGCUGGCAGCGUGCUCAGCACGGCAGCACCAGCGCCCGUCGCGUCGCGCCGUUCCUCCUGUCGUGGGGAGCUGCCCCGUGGUGCCCGGUGUGGCUGCAGGAACGCAGCCUGGAGCCCUCCGAGCUCUGCCUCUGGAAAAGACGGGCACGGCCAGAAGUGUUGUCACAGGGCAGCCCUGGACAGAGGGAGGCAUAGGAAUGCUUUUCAGGUCACUCGGGUAAAAAUCCACUUUUUAAUUGUAACGUCCUCUCACCUACUGCGACGUCUGUGUCCCGCUGCACACCCCCUGCUCAGUGGCACUGGACGGGGCAGGGACGGGAGGAGCUCAGCCUGCCACUGACCCUCGGGUUACAGCACGUUCAGUGAAUCAUUACUGCGUGUAACGAGAUAAUAAACCCUGACAACUUUUAAAUGCUGUUUUGUAA